AUGUCUGACCAAAGUGAAUACCCCUCCGAGUCCAUGCACGGCCAGGACAACGGACUGAGGCCGCUCUCCAAUGCGGACGAUUUGUGCCUCGGAAACCCCAGCAACAGCGAAUUAUCUCGUAUCAUGAGCCGCGCCGGUAUAUCAUUGGCCAAUGGCUUCCCACUCGACGACGAUGACGACGACGACGAAGAUGCGGACGAUUACGUUGCUGUCGACCAGGACGAGGCUGAUCAGCCAUACUGGUUCCGCCGCGCACCCGCUCACGUUCGCACAAAACUGGAUGAGCUGCACCCUUUCGUUCAAUUACUGUCUACCUCGAAUGUUGAAGACUGUGUGAAAGUGGAGGCUGCUUUCCCGGAGCAAGAGCGUUGCUCCCAUGAUAAGUUCAUAUACCGUCUCACAAGAUGUCCGGAGCUCAGUCUGGGCCUCUUUACUCUCCCUAUUCUCGCCGAAGGAGAACCCAAGCCCCGCCCGCAGCUUGUUGGACACAUCAUUGCUACUCGCACCUCCGAGCCUCUUGUGACCGACUAUUCGAUGAAACUUCCAGCCAAUUGGCAAAACGAGCGUUGGUCCUACGAGGAUGGACAGGCCGUCGGCCACGAGGAAGGUGGCAGCACCAUUGCCAUUCACUCGCUCGCCGUGGACCCAGUCCACCAAGGCAAGCAGGUCGGGAGCACACUGAUGAAGUCAUAUAUCCACCGUAUCCGCGAGGCUCAGAUCGCCGAGCGCAUCGCUAUCAUUGCCCAUGAUCACCUCGUUCCUUUCUAUGAGUCAUUUGGCUUUGUGUCCCAUGGUCCUAGCGCGUGCCAAUUCGGUGGUGGUGGAUGGGUUGAUAUGGUCCUGGAGUUAGGCUCUGAACCUCUUGACGAAUAA